AUGAGACUCAUUACUCUUCUCUUUGCCGCAACUGCAAAUGCAUUUUUGCUGAAUUGUAACGGUGGGACCGCCGGUGACGGAGGCUGUGAAGCGAAUGGCCUUCACACCUAUUGCUGUAACGAAUCUUUCGAGACCCCGAUCUAUGUCAACGUCCGCGACGUCACCGUUCUGUCGAAGAAUCCUCAAGGCAACAGUGACUGCAGGCCGACGGGGACCAACACGAUCGGGAGGGUUUAUUGUGCUGCAUAA